AUGGCUCCCACCACCGCUACAGCCCUUGUCACCAAAGGUGGCAAGCUGUCCAAGGAAACAAUUCCUAUGCCGACUCCAGGCGAACAUCAGGUGCUCGUGAAGAUUUCCCACGUCGCCCAGAACCCUACGGAUGUUCAAUCCCUUGAUGCCAAUGCCUUUGGCGACGACGCGGUUCUCGGUUGUGACUUUGUCGGUACGGUCGAGAAAACGGGCGACAAAGUGAGCAGGAUCAAGACUGGCACCGUGAUUGCUGGUCUAGUUUGGGGAGGCGAGAUCAAGGGAUUAGGUGGCUACAGCGAGUACACCCUCGCAGAUGAGCGCAUUUGCUUCCCUUUGCCCGAAGGCAUCACUCCCGAGCAGGCUUCCACAGUGCCCCUCGCCGCGUGCACAGCACUACUCGCCCUUUUCUCCAAGGACUGUCUCAACAUCCCUCAGAAGUCUGGGGAGACUGUCCUCAUUUGGGGCGGAAGCUCAAGCGUCGGACUUUACGCCAUCCAGAUCGCUAAGUACUACGGCCUCGAUGUUGUGACGACUUGCAGUCCACGACACCACGAUCUCGCCAAGUCCCUUGGUGCUAGUCACGCUUUCGACUACCGCGACGCCAAGGUGGCGGAGAGCAUCAAGGCUGCUACGAAAUCCAGCCUGAAGUACGUCUUCGACGCCAUCGGCAGCGACUCGUCCUCUGUCACUGCAUCGCAGGCAAUCUCCGAACAGGGUGGCGUCUUGUGCACUGUUCGUCCGGGUAAGGCUUUCACCGAGAAUGUGACCAAGCAGACUAAGGUGACGGAUGUGCUUGUCUGGACGGCUUUCUUGAAGGAGCAUAGAUACAAGGAUUUCUACUGGCCGCCGCACAAGGAAGAUCACGAGCUUUCGGCCAAGUUCUUCAAGGAACUGCCCAAGUUGAUCUCAUCUGGAGUCAUCAAGCCGAAUACCCCGAAGCUCUUCGGGAGACUCGACUCUGUGCUAGAGGGAUUCCAGGAAUACCGUGACGGGCUCAUCUCCAACAGCAAGAUCGUGUACAAGGUCUAA